AUGCCACAGUCGCCUCGAUCGGUCCUACUCCCCUUUCUGUUGCUGAUUAUCUCAACAGAAAGGACGACAGCCUUCCUACCGACAGUCUGUGUGCAGAAUAUCAGCUCCACUGGUGGUAGUGGAGUUUGCUGUCCCGUUAGUGAGACUACAGGAGCAGUGUGUGGAGGUCGCACAAGGGGAGAAUGUGCCCCUGUAUUUGAAAACCAGGACGCAGAUCCGCCACCCGGAUGGUCCGCCGACGAUCGACUGCAUUGGCCAUUAACAUUUUUUAACCAAACUUGCCGCUGUGAGGGAAAUUUCUUUGGCCUAAUCUGCGAGGAGUGUUGGUUUGGUUGGGAAGGCCCCGACUGUUUGACUCGACGCGUCUACACGCGACGCAACGUGCUGUCAUUCACGCCGCAGGAGCGUAAAAAGCUGAUAACUAUAAUCAGCGCAAUGCCCCAGGUGCCGACAGAUCGAUUUGUCCUCUUGGAGACUGAUAACGAUCACUCCGAUCCCCUAAGAACGCCCACCUUUCUGCCAGUAACUCUGCACGGUCUGAUCACUUUCAUCCACUUCUACACAAGCCGCAGCAUUCUGUUUCAUGAUUGGCAGCAAUGUUUCAAGUUGGAGAGCCUGGAUUUUAAUCACAACACGAACGGCUUUCUGACCUGGCACCGUUAUCUGAUGCUCUUCUGGGAACGUGAAUUGCGCAAGAUUGCGAUUCGACUCUAUGAAUGGCACGACUUCGCACUGCCCUACUGGGACUGGGUUGACGCUGAGGAGUGCGAGGUUUGCACCAACGACCUGGUCGGUGGUGCCGGAGACUGGCUGGAGUUCACUCGGCGUCUCGACCGGAGGAGCGUCUUCUAUAAUUUCACCGAAUACUGUUCACUCCCCACAGGUACGAUAACCUGCCAGGGCUGCCAUGCGCAAUGGCCGAAUCGAACGUUCCUCACUCGGUAUUUCUUUGCAAACGAAUUUCCUACAACAACUGAUUUGGAAUUUACGUUGAGCCGAAGGAAUUUCUUCCUCGAAGACCCGGAAGAAAGCAUGGUUAAAUGCCGAUCCUUCCAUCAGGCACUCGAAGGCUUUUGUGGCCGUCCAGACGACAACAGCACCCACCUCUUUAUGCAUAAUAAAGUGCAUAACAUGGUUCGAGGCAGCCACUGUUGUUCGGCCACUUCGACUAACGACCCCCUCUUCAUCUUGCACCACACCCAAAUUGAUCGGAUCUUCGAGCUCUGGUUCCGUCGCACGCAACCUCGCAUCACUGAGUACCCAGCGGAUCACGUUGCUCCGGGCAGUUGCAGAGAGUGCCCGCUAAUUGGUUGGAUUCCUGUAGUUCGACAUGUUCAAUUCUUUAAAGAGGCAGAAAAGUUGGGAAUUCGCUAUGACAACUUCAACUUCGGAAAACAGGGCUUUAGAGGAGACCGUUACCUUAAAUAUGGACCGCGACACGAGGAGAGUUAUUAUGCUCGAAAUUCGCCAAAGUAG